UCUCCUUGCUCGUCCGCCGCUGCCAAGCUCAAGUCCUCCGUUAUCCCGGCGCCGUUCAACCUCUAACCUUUCUCCAAGGGAAGAAAUAAUAGAAAUUUUAUAAAUAAAUUUUAUAAUCGAAGCAGUAGAACAAAUGGCAUCUCGACCGGAGCUCCAAGCGCCGCCGGAGAUAUUCUACAAUGACGAUGAAGCUCGUAAAUAUACAUCAUCUUCUCGUAUUAUAGAUAUUCAGGCGAAACUUUCUGAGAGAGCGUUGGAGCUUUUAGCUUUGCCGGACGAUGGCUUGCCCAGAUUACUGCUUGAUAUUGGUUGUGGAUCAGGACUUAGUGGGGAGACACUGACUGAAAAUGGGCAACAGUGGAUUGGUUUUGAUAUAUCCCCAUCAAUGCUAGAUAUUGCAUUGGAGCGUGAAGCUGAGGGUGACCUUAUGCUUGGUGACAUGGGUCAGGGCUUGGGACUUCGUCCCGGAGUUGUUGAUGGGGCAAUGAGUAUUUCAGCUGUUCAGUGGCUAUGCAAUGCUGACAAGUCUUCCCACGAGCCAUGUCUAAGAUUGAAAGCCUUCUUUGGGUCGUUAUACAGAUGCUUGGCACGUGGAGCAAGGGAAGUUUUACAGGUAUACCCUGAGAAUUUGGCUCAACGUGAGCUGAUUCUUGGAUUUGCCAUGCGAGCUGGGUUUUCGGGGGGUGUAGUUGUGGAUUUUCCGCAUAGUACUAAGCAAAGGAAAGAGUACCUUGUGCUCACUUGUGGACCACCAUCACUAAGUAGUGCUGCCCCCAAAGGAAAAUGUGAAGAAGAUGGGGAAAGUUGUUCGGAUGAUGACAUCAGCAGUUCUAGUUUCGGAUCGGAACAGACCAAGGAAAAAGCAAAAACUGAACAAGAAGGUGAAGGGAAGGGAAUGGGUUUUGAGAAAGAAAGAACAAAUGCGCAGAAAGGGGAAUUCAGUUCCUGUGGACACAAAGUACACUGCCCGCAAAUGGAAAGCCCGGUUUUGACGACAUUUUUUCUUUAGUUGGGUUGUGAAAAAGUACACUGUCCAUUAUUUAUUUUUAUUUUUUUUAAAUUGGUAGAGUUAAUCAUUUUUUUUUUUGGAAGUUUUACAUUUAAAAUACAUGAGAUUUUCAAUUUUUGCAAUUUGAUAUAUUAUGCCUAAUAAAUUAAGGACUUGUGGUGGCGAUAACGGGGAUAUUUAGAUGUAGAAAGGGAGGAGUUUAGAUCUGUUAUAUAGUUAGUCUAUGUUUGUUUUUUCCA